AUGCUUAAAAAUGCUGGCUUCGAGUCCAAAUCCAUCAAACCAUGGGUCUAUGCUCCGUACUACCCCAAGCUUACCAGCCAGAAGAUCGUGGCAUCUGGCUACAAGAGCGACCAGGCUCUCCAGAUCUCUGGUCUCGCCACGACACAGAACGAAUACGGCUUCAGCAGACUUGAACAGAACUUCACCAACUGCAAGUUUGGAAAGUACGAUCUUUCAUGGUCCAUGUACCUCCCCAAGGGCGCAGCUCAGGGCCUGGAUCCCCGCCAACCUGGAAUGACUAUCUGGGUCUACGACCCCAGGGGCCAGGGCCAAGUUGGAACACUCGCCUUUGGACCCAACUCUUUCAACAGCUCACUUGGAUACCCUGUGCAGCGAGCAACGCACAAGACAAAUCAGUGGGUUAACCUGUCGAUGAAGCUGCCGUAUAACAUUAAUGUUGGCAAAUGUACCUUGGUCAUCAAUUGGAUUGUGCCGGGUCAAGAGACGGGCAAGGGAGAUGGGAAGUUGACACUCAAGCUCGACAACUUUGUUCUAAAACCUUCGAAGUAG